CACGAGGUAGCAGCUCUGGUGUUUCUGCAGGUGUAGCAUACGAUCGCUCGAACUCUCUCUUAGUUUCCGCUGGCACUCCAGACUUCUUGGAGAGUGCCGCUCCGCGAGAUUCGAAACCGGACAAUAAUGGAAACGCGAAUCAAGUGACACGGAUCAAUGAUCGAGACGCUCGAAUCGAAUUCCGUCGAUCCCUUCACCAAAUCGGCUGGCUAUUUUUAAAACACUGACAUGAAACGACGCCGUUUUCGUCUGAUCGCGUACGAACCGAUGAUGUGAUUGCAUAUUAAAAAGGUGUCCGGCGAUCGAUGCACCACGCGAACUGUUUUCUUGUUUUACCAGUCGAGUGAGCGAUCGCGAUCGCCUGAGCGUUUAAGUGCCAGUCCCGGUCUUUUAGAAGGAGAAAGCAGAGAAGUUGAAGAGUUCAGUCGGCUGAGAAAACAGCUCACCGACGACCGUAAUAAUUCUCCUUCUCGAAAACGAUCUGUCGCAUCAGGGAUUUAAUCCAAUUCGUUUAAACUAGAACCGCAAUAAUUCAAAGAGGGAAAUUGCUGAAGAAUGAAAAUCAAACCCUGAAAUUCCGACAUCCGUCAAACGAAGAGAAAUCGAUAGAGAGACGUAACGUUGUGUUGCGUCGAGCAAGUCACGACGGCUGCGAUCGAUCGUAUAUUUUUUGAUCCUCUUCAAAUGUUUAAUGAUUUCUCCGUUGUGUCUGUCAGCGAAACGGACGUGAGAAUGAAAACACGCUAAUCGGUUGUCAAAUUUCUUAUCGCGAGCAAACAAGGAACACGUGCUCUCGUUGGAUUUUCAAGCCGGUACGCGGACGAUGGAUUUUUGAGAAACCAACUCUAGCUGGUCCACGAACGUGAGAUGAUUGGCAAACUCCUGUUAAGUUUCUCGAUACUCGGAUGCAUCAGCCUCUAUGGGACGGUGGCGCAAGACUGGCCGACACCUCUCGACGAGUCCGCGGACGAAAAGAACGAUGCCGAAAUUUUUCGAGCGGUCGUCGAGUCGAUGAGGCAUUGGACUUUGCAGAAACGGUUGCAUCAUCGAACUAAGAGAGAGGUAUCGAAGGUCUGUUACGAAGAUGUCGGCUGCUUCGAGGACACGGGACCCUUCAGUUACCUCGAGAUGCUCCCCUCGCCACCCAAAGACGUUGGCACUAGAUUUUUAGUAUACGGAAGCAGGAAAGCAAGAUCGAUUCCAAUGGAAGUACCUGCCGAAGAUAUAAAUGAUAACGCCCACCGUGCCAUAGACCCCGAUCUACCAACUAAAGUGAUCGUUCACGGAUUCGGAUCCAGUUGCGACCAUGUCUGGGUCUACGAGAUGAGAUCUGCCUUGAUGACCGUGCACGAGUGCAAUAUAGUGUGCGUCGAUUGGGGCCCGGGAAGCGCGGUUCCCAACUACGUAAGGGCAGCCGCUAACACUCGCCUGGUCGGUAGACAAUUAGCAAAACUAAUUAGAAGUUUUAACGUACCUCUGGAGAAGGUUCAUCUGAUCGGCUUCAGCCUCGGUGCCCACGUGGCAGGAUUCGCUGGCGCCGAAUUGGGAAACGUUUCCAGGAUUACAGGUUUGGAUCCUGCGGGACCUUUGUUCGAAUCCCAGGACCCGAGAGCUCGCCUCGACAAAACUGAUGCCAAUUUCGUCGAUGUGAUCCACAGCAACGGUGAACAACUGUUGCUCGGUGGCCUCGGCUCCUGGCAGCCGAUGGGCGACGUUGAUUUCUAUCCGAACGGCGGCAGGAUGCAAACUGGCUGUUCGAAUCUGUUCCUCGGUGCCGUGUCCGACAUCAUCUGGUCGAGCGCCGUCGAGGGCAGAUCUUUGUGCAAUCACCGGAGGGCGUACAAACUGUUCACCGAUUCUGUCAGCCCGAAGUGUCGAUUCCCUGCGUUUCCUUGCGAGAACGGAUAUGAUGGACUUAUUCGUGGCGAAUGCUUCCCGUGUGGCAACGGAAUGGGCAGGUCGUGCGGUGAUAUGGGCUAUUACAGCGACGAAUCACCGGCUAGAGGACAAUUGUAUUUGGUGACUAGAGACGAAGAGCCUUUCUGUGCGCACCAGUAUCAAGUAAAGGUGUAUAAUAGUGAAAGCGAGAGGCCCACUAGAACGUAUGGCAAACUGCAAUUAACUUUGGUUGGAGACGGAGGUUUCAAUGAUACGUUCGCAAUGACGAGAAAGGAUGAAGAGCUGCUGGUUGGGAAGAUUCUGCAGAAGAUUGUCGUCCCGCAUCCUGCCAUUUCAAAUUUUGAAGCCAUCGAAAUCAAGUAUACAGCGUACAGCGGCUGGAUCUCUUCAGGCUUGGUAUCUUGGAGCAUCGACAAAAUGGCCAUCGUCGACAGUUUUGGGAAAACCCUUUCCGUAUGCAGAAAAGGCUUGAUGUUAGAAUCUGGGAAGCCCGUCUAUCUCCCUCUAUUCCCUGGCGAAUGCAAUGUUCCCGUGGAAUCAGAGAAUACAACGUCUCCAGUUUUGGGACAAUUGAUGCAGGAGAAGCAAGGUGGCAUCGGUCCGUUCACCAAAGAACAGAACUAUGAAACGAAGGAAACUUUCCCAGUGGAUUUUGCCAACGACAAACCGUCGAAGGGACUGGGGCCGUUCACUAAGGAACAGAAUUUACGAAUAAUCGAGAGGCAAAGCAAUUUUGAUGACUCGAAUCGUCGCAGUACUUCAAACCCGUGGAACAUCAUCGACUUAUCUAAAGACGGAGACUCGAAUUCGUUGGAAAACUCUGACGCUGAGAGAGGCAGAGGAUUUUCCGGGCCGAAUUUCUUCGCAAAAACUGCUUCACCGAAUCCCGCAGUGGAAUCGACGACGGAAUUCCUUCCGGAAAUACGGGAACCCGUGUUGCAAAUCGAUAAAAAGGAAACGGGAAGGUCGUUGAAGUUUCCCGAGAUCACGGAACCGAUUUUGAGGCCUCGUUCGGCGAGACAGAACAGAAACGAAGUGAGAAGCGAGAAGCAGAAGGACGAAAUACAGGAGACUGCCUCGACGAGCGGAGUGUUCACUGUGCAGUUUCUACCAGAAAGACUGGCUGGAAUCUUGGCGCAGGCCGAGAGGUACGCGAGGCAGACUCUCCUUCCUCUGAUCUCGCAAUACACGCCCAGUUUCGUCACUGGAUCAAGGAAAGAGUUCAAUCUAUCCAGAUCUCUGAGUUGGGAACCAGAAAAGGACUGGUCCACGACUACGGAGAGUACAUUCAAGACAGAAGCAGGUGACUGGGUACCCAUUACCGUAAAGAGCGAAAUUCAAAUGCUAGAGGCAUCGGACAACUCCUCCAACGACAGUACUCUGUCUCACACUGUUACGGACAAGCAAACUGAUAUCGCGCAAUUAGAAAUCGUGACGUCGGUGGAUUUCAAUAAUAAUUCGGAUGAGAUUAUCACGACGGGCAAAGAGGAGAGAAAGUAUAUACCUCUGAUCGAUCCGGAAGGGCAGGAACCGUCGUCGACGAGCUCAAAUGACGUGCCCGAAACGUCGAGCUCAUCGACUCAAUCUCACAUACAGAAAAUCCCGAGGCCAGAGAGUUCCUCGAGGAGCAGCAUGAUGUUUCCUUACGCGUACGAGAAGAAGAAGGACCCUAGGACUAGGUACAUACCUUUGAUACCCGAAGAAGACCUGGCCCGACCUCGCUUCUCCGUCGAGAGGGAACGUUGAAUUGUUUUCUGUUCUCCACGAGAAUCCGAGAAACGAUUGUUGAGUUUUCCUGUUUUAUUUUGACAAGUUUACGGUUUCCUUUGUUGAUCCUACGUAAACGAAGUUGUUGUUUCGUGUACACGAGUCGGUAUGCGCGCGUC